GCUUCAGUCUUGGAUCAAAGCACCUGUCAAGCGACGUUACUAUUCUUCAUAACCCUGAACUUUAAACUGCUGAAGGAGGAUAAUAGGAUGUUUCAGAAUUAGACAUUUCGCUUUAUUAUUAUUAUUAUUAUUAUUAUUAUUAUUAUUAUUAUUAUUAUUAUUAUUAUUAUUAUUAACAAGCGAGAUCGAGGUCUUUGAAUGAAAGAUAAGCAAAGAAAACUGUAGCCUUUCAAAGAACACCCGGUAUCUGGAUAUAAAGUCGGAACCUGUAAGCAAGCUCUCCAUCAGUGAUGUCUAAGACACCUAGAUCUUCCUCCAGAACUCACUCGAGAUCAGCUUCCAGGUCGAGAUCACGUUCUGACUCCCGCUCCAGGUCUCGAAGCAGCUCACAGUCUCGGUCGAGGAAGCACCGCUAUGGCUCUAGAUCUCGCUCUCGGUCCAGAUCCCAUUCUCCAUUCCAUAACCGGGGACGGAAACAUCCACGAGAAUAUCAGAACCAUCGGGAGUUCAGAGGUUACCACAGAGGCUUCAGGAGGCCUUAUUACUUUCGGGGCAGAGGACGAGGCUUCUUCCGUGGCCGCUUUCAGCGUGGUGGAGGUGGAUACAAUAACUAUAGACCCAACAACUGGCAAAACUAUAACCAGUAUCCACAGCACAAGCAACAGAAACAGCAGCAGAAGCAGCAGCAGGGGCUGCAGCAGCAACAGCAAAAGCAGUAUGCUAACAGCCCCAAGAGGGGGCGCUCUCACACCCCCAAGAAACGUUCAAGCAGUCCAGGGUCCCUAAAUCAUUCACACCGCUCUGACAGAUCUUCAUCCCUUCAUUCACACCACUCCUCUUCCUCCAGCUCAUCCCGACAGAUAACUGCUUCUGCUAAGCAGAAUUCUAAGGGUGAAAUAGAGAUUCUGUCUGCACCCAAGGAAACACAGAAAGCUGGAGGAGGAGAUGCUGCUGAUGCUACACUGUCAGUGCAAGAAGGGCACCAACUGAAGCAAGCUGGAAUUUCAAGCGGAGAGAAAACCACUAAAUCAUGGCUGUUUCCAAUAAAUCAUGACGGCAGCCUAAAGACGGCCAGUCCACAUAUUCACUCUGCUAUCAGUGCUGUCCAGGAUGAUCCAGUCACUGGUGAAUCAGGUCCUGUGCCUGGAAAUUUGGGAGCAACUGGCAAUGGUGUCACCAGCAGCCAGACUGUUGCUUCUACACCCAAUAACAGUAGCCCUCAAAAGAAAAAUCCCACAGCAGUUUUCUCAGACUUUGGGAUUUUUUUAAAUGCUGACCAGGAAGAGGAUACGGUUGCCAUCUCUAUAGCGUUUAAAAAAUUCUUAGAGGAGCAGAAGAAUAAAAAGCUGGCUGAUAAAAGCAUAGAGACUGUGGCAGACAAUGGAAAUGCAUUUCCUGAAAAUAGAAAUAGCAAAUGUGAAGACACUUCUGAUCGGUCAUCUGGUCCAAGACUGUCCAGGUCUGCAGAACAAAAUAUCAAAAAGGAGACUGAGAAGUACAAAUACAUAGACAAUUUCAAGGGGAACACAUCAUCCAAUAGUUUCAGGCCAGCAAUCCUCUGUGAAGAUGGGGAUGAAGAAGAGUUUGGGGACACUGAACCCCAUUUAAAGAUAAGGGUUAUGGAGAAUGAAGUUCCUAACUACAAAGAUGCAAUGUCAGCUCGUGAACUGUUUGAGGAACAUUUCAGGAGGUUGGACAACAGGGCGUGUAAUGAUGAGCUUGAGGCCUUUCUGAUCAACCGAGAGAAGGAGAGGGCUGCAAGCAUUCUAUCUGCUCUGUCUAAGAGGGAGAAGUUUGCACGUAAGUUUGAAGACCUUUCCCCUGAUAGACCCUCAAAGGUGAAACGAAAGGACAAAAUGACUUCAAGCCCUUCUUCCAUGUACAAAGCUCUUUCACGGAGCAGCUCUGAGACCCAAGAACAAGAAAUGUUCAUGAAUUUGGGUGAUGAAUCCUCCCCCAGGGCUUCUGGGAAAAGAGAAAGAGAGUUUAGUCUGAGGAUGGAUUCCCUUAGUGAAGAUCUGGAAAGAUCAUCUGUUUUAUCUGUUAAUGAUUGGAAGAAUACGAUGGAUCUUGUGCAUUGCAAUAAAAAGGGCCUCCAGCACCAUUGGUGCAAUAAUUUAUGCAGGAGCCCUAAAGAGCUGUUUGCACAGCAUGUCAUUUCAAUUGUCCAUUAUGUCACAGCACAACAUUUUUCUUCUUCUGGAAUGACUCUAAGCGAUCGGUUUACCAUGUAUGAAAGACUAGCAGCCGAGAAAGAAAUUCUGAAGCCAAGAAAGAGUCCAGAGAUACAUAGGAGAAUUGAUGUUUCUCCCAGUGCUUUUAUGAGGCAUUCAUUCCUGCUCGAUGAGUUGAAAGGCUCCGGGGAUAGCAGCACCAAGGCUGAAGUGAAACAGUUUAAAGGAGAUACAAUGGAUCUUCUGAUGAAUGUUGAGCAGCGCAAAAAAUAUUUAAGCAGAGAGACAAUUGAGAAUCAAGAAGAGCGAGGGGAAUUAGGGAAUUCUCCUGAAUCAAGCAUGGAAAAGACAACUGAGAAAUUAUUCAAACACCACAAAAAAUCAAAAAAAAGCAAGAAAAAACGGGAACGUUCUCAUUCCUCCUCCUCCUCCUCCUCUUCCUUUGUUCAUGAAGAGGAGACGAAAUCUACAGAGAAAAGCUCAGCCCAGCUGCAGGUCAGAGAAUGUGUUGGAUCAGCAGAGACAAGACAAGCACACAGAGGAUUUCAGUUCCAAAUACGAGGUAGGGGUUGGAACAGAGUAAAUUGCCUUGGAAAUGAUAGCAAGUGCACUAACAAUGCUCAUGUGCCAGGCCAUUCCAGUAAUAUGGAUUGGGAUUCAGAUCAAAAAGCCACAAGCAAGAAAUACUACCUGCCAGGUGAAAAGUAUGUUGAAGGUGAGAGGAAAUGGUUGGAUACCCAAGGGCGUGACCAGUCUGCCAUUCCUCGUGCCAAAGGUCGUUUCAUCCUACGGAGGCCCACCAUUUCUAUCACCACUAACAACUCUAACUGGAGCCAUGACAAGUUCAAGGCCAGUGAUGAUGGUGAACCAAGCAAAAGGGACCACAAAGAGCAGAACAACGCAUGAGUCACUGCCUAGGCAGCAGGAGCUAGUGAAGAUUAACUGGCAGCUUUUUACUGGUGGAUGAGACCGGGGAACUGAAUCCUCAUACACCAAUGUUAGCAGUUGCACUUAUAAGCAGGGAUGGGAUGCUCUAGAACAUACACGUUUACUUCACAGAGCAUUAGAAGCCCAGCUUUCUCUGUUUCUAGGGAUAUUCUUAACCCAUUUAAAGCCUUUUAGCACUUUUUAUGAAUUAUUGUGCACCCAUGAUUGUUGAAUCUUAUCCUAUCCUAUAUGCAAUAAUUCAACAAUGAUUUUUAAAGCAAUGUAUGAUACAAUACAGUAGGUGCCUUCAGACAUAGAUAUGCUGAUGAUCAGGCCUGAACAUAAUUUGCUUAAAUGUGGCUUAAAUUUAUUGUUCAUAUACAGUAAGCUCUCAGUGGACAUAUCAUAUACCUUUUUAUCAUAUAUUGAAUAUUUUUAAUUGGACUUAGGUCUGUUCUGACCUCCUAUCAUGAACUCCUGUCAGUUCUAACAUGUGGCAGUAAACAAAAUUAUGCAAAUUAGCACUGUUUGUCAAGUAUAAUUAUGAUUUCUUUUAAUUUUCUUUUGCAUGUGUUGCAUAUUUUUCAUGAGACUAAUUUUUUUCUAAAGAUUUUCUCACCAUUUUGACCAUGUCUCCUUCUCCUUGUAUGUCAGUGCUGUGUAUUUAAAGAUGAUUGAUUUCUCAGCAGUUUGGUAAUUGUUCAUGCAAUAAAAUUCUGCCAUACUUUAUC